AUUCAGCGUCGAGUCUUCAGAGCUGAGCUCGUCCUCCUUCAGUUCAGGUGUAAAUACUGGAGUAUUCGCAUCAGUCUACAAGUGAAGACGAGCAUCAGACCAUCAGGAAGAAGAGAAAUCUGCAAAGACAGAGUUUAUUGAAGGACAGUGAGAAGAUGAGUGAUCCAGAACCCUGCAGAAUUAAACAGGAAGACACUGAAGAACUAAUAGGUGUGAUGGUGAAGGAGGAGAGUGAAGAGCUGAGUGAAGAUGAGGAGAAACAUCAGGUCAAAAGUGAAGAAGAAACUGAACAUAGUCUUUUAGUGGUAAAUGAUUUGACCUGCCCUCAGUGUGGGAAGAUUUUCAAGCACAAAUGCAGUGUCAAGCUUCACAUGAUGAUCCACACCGGAGAGAAACCCUACCAGUGUUCACACUGCGACAAGAGAUUCAGCCGUUCGGGAUUCCUGAAAACACACGAGAGGAUCCACACCGGGGAGAAACCGUAUCACUGCACUGAGUGUGGGAAGAGUUUCAAUCAAUCAUCUUCUCUGCGAACACACACCAAACACAAUCACAGUAGGUAGAUCACCUAAAGAUCCGGCUCUUCGAGAUCAUACUAUUUAGGAUAAUUGUGCAGUUGAUAACAGAGGUAAAAGACAUAAUUAGCCUUGCUUCCACUGUCAUGCAUAAAGCAAGCAUGCCUUGGCCAGCUGAAUACCUUGGGCUAAAGUAAAGUUUUGACCGAAGACGGGUAAAGAGGCUUCACAGAGAUCGCUCUGGCUUACAUUAACAAAAAACAGCAAUUAUUACUAAAGGCUGAUUUAUACUUCUGCGUCAAACGCUGGCGUAUGCUACAGCACUGACGCAUAGCCCUUCGCCGUGGCCGUCGGCGUGACUGACGUGCACCUCUCAAAAAAUUUAACUACACGUCGCAACGACGCGUAGCGCAAGCUCUGUGAUUGGUCAGCUUGGUAGCGCUGAUAAAUCUGGGCGGGACAGAGAGCCGCGCGAAUGGCGCGAGCCCAGCGUAGCGAAUGUUUACAAGUGUGGAGUCCCGUGAAGAAGCUCCGGAUGGAAAGUUUUGUUUUGUGUUUACCUCAUAGUUAAAGUUGUUGCACGUCCGCCAGUUCCUGCCUCAAAAUGAGCGAGUUUGAGCCACUUGUACAUUCAGGAAGUGUUCAGGAAAAGCAAAACAGAAGCGAAGAAACUCGACACAGAGGAACAUUUACACCUCACUGCCAUCUAGCGUUUCGGAAGUGUUAAUGCAGACCGACAGAGACAGCGCACAUAAGUAUAAAUGCACAGCUACGCACCUUGCAUGCGCCGUGGAUUACACCGGUCACUUGACGCAGAAGUAUAAACCAGGCUUAAGUCAUACUCAAGGCUAAAUUAUCAUCGAUUAAUCAUUUGUUCCCCUACUUCCCAUUUCUCUCUUAAAAAGUAACUUUUUCUCUUUAUAUAAUUUGCAGAUCUGAUGGUGGAGGAUGAAAGUGAAGAACUGAGUGAGGUUGAGAAGCUCCACUAUAGCGUUCAUAUGAACGAGAAGCUUUAUUUAUGCUCUGUGUGUGGAAAGAGUUUCACACUGCAGUCAAGACUAAGACAACACCAGAUGCUUCACACUGGAGAGAAACCCAAACCGUACGCAUGCACUCAGUGUGGGAGGAGCUUCACACAGUCAUCGCACCUGAAUCGACACAUGAAGAUCCACUUUGGCGUGAGGGAGCAUGUGUGCUUUGAGUGCGGGAAGACUUUUAUCACAGCUGGAGACUUGAAACGACACCAGAGGAUCCACACUGGACAGAGAACACACGCGUGUGAUCGGUGCGGCAGGACAUUUUUUAGGCCUUCGAACCUUCAGAAACAUCUUCUAGUUCAUGCAGAGGAGAAGACGCAUUCAUGCGCUCUGUUAGUCAAGACCUUUGUUAGUUUGCCUUCUUGAAAUCUCUCCUCUGUAUUCACAAACAUCAGAUUUUGUAGGUGAAUGUUUCAUUCAUUCAUAUAUUCAUUUUCUUGUUGGCUUAGUCCCUUUAUUAAUC